CUUUGCAGCGGCACAGUGUCAGGUCAUCGCGGACAAAAUGAGACUAACAGAAGUUCUUUUUCUAAUUGCCACCUCCACGGUGUUGGCAGGGAGCGUCACUGUUAAGUCCUUGGUGUUCCAGAGUGAGUCAGUUACCAACUAUGUUGAGAUGAUCCCUCAGAAACCUCUGAACCUGGAGGCUUUCACUCUGUGCAUGCGUGUAGCUACAGAACUCCCAACUGAGCAGCGUGAAAUCAUUCUGUUUGCCUACCGGACCCAGUACUAUGACGAGCUGAAUGUGUGGAGAGAGCUGGACGGCAGGUUGUCUUUUUACCUGAGUGGAGAGGGAGUCUUCUUUAAAGCCCCCAAGCUCGGCGCCAUGGAGACCCACCUGUGUUUCACCUGGGACUCCAGCUCAGGUGCAGCUAACGUCUUCGUGGAUGGAAAGAAGAGCAUUACCAAAAUCUACAAGAAGGGUCACGCCGUGCGUAGUGGAGGAAAGGUUAUCCUGGGACAAGAUCCAGAUAACUAUUUUGGUGAUUUUGAAGCCGGUCAGAGCUUCGUUGGGGAGAUCACUGAAGUGAACAUGUGGGACAAUGUCCUCUCAGGCAAAGCGAUUAGAACAUUGUAUGCCGGGGGAAGAGCAACCACGCCAAAUGUUUUUGACUGGGAAAACACUGAGCUAAGAAUUCAAGGGGAGGUGGGAGUGGUUACUCGUGAGCUGUAGCUAUGAUGCUUCAUAAUGGUACUGUGGUGGAGGAGAACGUGAAGCUAUGCAAUGGAGAUCCAUGUAUGAGAAGAAACUGGUUUGUUGAUGCAGGAACACGCUCAGCAUUCUUGUUUUAACUGCAAUAAAAAGAUGUACCAA